AUGUUCAUAGGGCUCGGUCUUCUAAUAGCCUCAUUUUCAUUUAUCUGCUACAAACAUCCGCCAUGGUCACUUCUGGCAUGGUUUCGCCACCAUUCCCCUCCUUCUCUCGCGGGAGCCAAAUCAAAGCACGAUGCGCCUCCCUCAAAGACAGAAGAUACACCAAGUAUAACGACUACUGUCCCUACCGAAACACUUUCUGAAUCGACCAAAGAAGCGUCCGUCAAGAUCUCAAAACAAAAUGAAGUCGACAAAGACAGAAAAGCCAUGCCACCACCCCCACCUCCAACCUUCAAGAAACCCUCAUCUCCAACAACACCAAAAGCCUCAUCCUUCCCCUCGAACCCCUCCUCAAUACCAUCCUUCAACCUCGGAGACAGCACCGCAGACGACGACGAAGACCCCUACGCAUCCAUGCCACCACCGCAAUUCCCCGCCCUAAACUCCGCCCAAAGAGCAGGCGCUCCACGCGCACCACCUACACUCCAACCCACCCCCUCAGCAGGUCUAAUGGCACCACCCUCACGAACAACAGGUUUAAUGGCACCACCCCGCGGUCCCCUUCCAAACCGCGGCCCUCCAACAUCCACCUCCUCCCUCGCCCUCCCGCCAACCCACUCCGCGCCUCCCACAAAACCAAAACGCAAAGUGCAGCUCACGCCAGGCCACUCGCCCCUAGACUGGGCGCGUCUAGCCUCUUCCCCCACCGCAAACCUGCGCGGGCUACCACCCUCAACACCAUACCUCAAGAUCGCGCCCUCACAGCUCAAAGUAAUGACUGGGCGGAAGGGGAAAGACGCGUGGACGGUGUUAGGCGGGAGAGUCUAUAACAUCACUCCGUACGCGGCGUUUCAUCCUGGGGGUGUGCCGGAGCUGAUGCGGAGCGCGGGGAAGGAUGGGACGAGGAUGUUUGCGGAGGUGCAUCCGUGGGUUAAUUGGGAGGGGAUGUUGGAGGGGUGUUUGGUGGGGACGGCGGUUGAGGAGGGGGAGGGGACGGGGCAAGGGGUCGUGGUGGGGGAGGGGAUGGAGGAUAUGGAUUGA